CGCCCCUCGGAUUAAGCGGGAGUCUCGCGUUCCAGCCGGGCUGCCGAGGAGAAGGGGAAACCCGCGCCGCGGAGGGUGCCGGAGAAGGCGGCUCCGCUGAAGCCAGCCUACCAUGCCGGAAUGGGGGGCGCCGGGCUUGCGCACAGCUUGAGCUCGCCGCUGCUGCUGGGCGGGAGGACGGCGCUGCGGUUUGGGAGCGAGGCCGGGAAGGGGGUGGGGACGUCGCUGAGGGGGACAUGGGUGCCAGCAAUGGGGGCUCCAGAGUGAGAGCCUGUCUCCUGGGUGGGAGAAGCCUGAAGAGGAGCCCGGCAAGGCGAGACAGCGGCCGCGGCCGUUGAAGAAGAAGAAGAAGCGUCUCGUCCCUGCCCCUGCCGUAGCUGUGCUUGAGCGUCGGGAGAGAAGGGAGAUUGUCGCCGGCCCUGCUAGAUGGCGAACUCCAGCGAGUUGGGAAGCAGCAGCAGCAGCAGCCCCCACCUGCCCAGCCCUGGCAGCCUCCUGGGCGCCUCUGGCCUGAAGCUGGCCUCCCUGGGCUUGAUCCUUUGCCUCAGCCUUGCUGGCAAUCUGCUCUUUGUUUGGCUCAUCCUCAAGGACCGCCACUUGCACCGGGCCCCUUACUACUUGCUCCUGGACCUUUGCCUGGCGGAUGGCUUGCGCUCCCUGGCCUGCUUCCCUUUCGUCAUGCUUUCGGUGCACAGCGGGGUGGGCUUCUGGCCCCAUGGGCUGCUCAGCUGCAAAGUGCUGGCUUUCCUAUCGGUGCUCUUCUGCUUCCACGCCGCCUUCCUGCUCUUCUGUGUGGGGGUGACGCGCUACAUGGCCAUUGCCCACCACCACUUCUAUGCUAAGCGCAUGACCGGCUGGACCUGUUUGGCCGUGGUGUUCAUGGUGUGGACGCUCUCCAUGGCCAUGGCCUUCCCCCCUAUCUUUGACGUCGGCACUUACAAGUUCAUCCGUGAAGAGGAGCAGUGCAUCUUUGAGCACCGUUACGUCAAGGCCAAUGACACCCUGGGUUUCAUGCUCAUGCUCGCCACGGUCAUGGCGGCCACCCACCUGGUUUACGGCAAGCUCCUCUUCUUCAUUCACAGCCAUCGCAAAAUGAAGCCGGCCCAAUUGGUGCCCGCCAUUAGCCAGAAUUGGACUUUCCAUGGGCCUGGAGCUACUGGUCAGGCAGCUGCUAAUUGGACGGCUGGCUUUGGCCGGGGUCCUACCCCUCCUACCUUGGUGGGCAUCCGACAAAAUACUACUCAUAGCCAGAUCAAGAGACUGCUGGUCUUAGAGGAGUUCAAAACGGAGAAGAGGAUUUGCAAGAUGUUUUACAUGAUCACCCUCCUAUUUUUGCUUCUCUGGUCUCCCUACAUCGUGACUUGUUACUUGCGUGUCUUCACCAAAGCCAGCACAAUCCCUCAGAUUUAUUUGACCAUCUCAGUCUGGAUGACCUUUGCCCAGGCAGGAGUCAACCCCAUCCUUUGUUUCAUUUUCAACAAGGAGCUUAGAGUCUGUUUCAGAUCUCACUUCUUUUGCUGCCAAAGCAUCCAGAACACUCAAGGCACAAUUCUGUGUGAUCUGAAGAACUUGAGGAUAUAAUUCAUUUUUUCCUUAAGAAAGAAGGGAAAAAAGUUUAAAAAUGUCUAUGCUUAUUCUGGCAUGUGCACUUGCUAAUGAUUAUCUAAGCAAACCCCUUGGCCUCGCCAAACCAGUAGUUUAAAAUAGGGUAUUUAUAUUCCGUUUUGAUCGGAGGGGGGUGGGGGUGGGGAAUCUUUUAUGUGUUUCUGGAGGGUAGG